AUGGCUGAAACAUUAGGUGCAUUCAACUAUACCCCUGAGAAUAUCAACUUCAUCAUGGGGGAGAUAAAGAAUUAUAUCGGUUGUGAUGAUGUCCUCUCUGAGUACAUCAUUGUAAUGGUCAGGAACAACAAGUCAAAGAAAGAGAUCAUUGCAGAGUUGGCAGACUUUAUUGAUGGUGACUCUGAACCAUUUGUCAAUUGGUUAUGGAAUUUCAUUAGAUCCUACUUUGAACAGCAACAGCAACAAGCAGCACUAGCAUCAUCGACAUCAUCAUCGUUAUCGGCAAUGAGUGAUGGAAAUGGAGGUAGCAACAGUGCCCCAACUCCAAACGAUAGGAAACAGGAUCUGCCGUCAAAGCCAUCAUCAAAGCUCUUUGUCAAUGCUGUGAGACAGGCCACCGAGGACACCAAGAGCGCAUUGCAUCAGCACAACACAUCAAUGUCAGACUUUGACGACGACUCACACAAUGCCAGUGGCCAUCACAACCACAGCAGCAGUAGUAGGGGCAAUGACAGGAGGAGGGAUCGCGACAGACAUCAAAACAAGCAGCGAUCGUCACGACAUAACGACCGUGAGAGCGGUGAGAGAGGCAGCGACAGAGGUGGCGAGCGUGGAGGCAACAACAACAGAUACAACAACAAUUCAGACCUGUCAUCGUUCAAGGUGACAUUCAGCACGACUGAUCGCAAAAGGAAGAUCAAUGCCUCGGGCGAGAUGGAAGAGUCAGCUGAUCAGGCAGAGGUCGACACUGCAGUUCAAGUCGAUGAGGACGAGAACAACCACAACAACGCGCGCAACAACAAGAGAACCGACACAAAGACCAAGUGCCAGUUCUGGCCACUGUGCAAGAAUGGCACAACCUGUCCAUUCUAUCAUCCCACCAUUCAGUGCAACUUAUUCCCCAAGUGUCCAUAUGGUGAGAAGUGUUUAUAUAUCCAUCCCUCAAUUCCAUGCAAGUAUGGAGCAGGCUGUACAAAUAUGAGUUGUGCCUUCAAUCAUCCACAACGAUCAAUGAUGAUGUCAUCACCAUACGGUGGUGAAUAUGGAACGCCAUGUCGCAAUGGUUUCGCUUGUCCCAACAAGAAGCAUUGUUCAUUCCAACAUCCACCAGUCGCUUGUAAAUAUGGAGAGGGUUGUAUGUAUGGUGUCAAAUGUCCAUUUGGACAUGGUAAGCCAUGCAUGUAUGGUGCAAGUUGUGCCACUCCUGCAUGCAAGUUUGCCCAUCACACUGGCGCAGAGGCCACACCAAUAACUGUUGAAUGCAGAUUUGGAAAGGAGUGUACCAAUCCAAAUUGUAAGUUUGUUCAUUCAGAUAGGGAUGAGAGCAUGUCAACGACAACACCACCAAAUGAGUCUACUACUGCCGCCACCACUACGAACGAGGAGGUGAGCACCGAUGCUCUUUCAUCGACUCUACCACCAACACCACCUCAAACUGCACCAGCCGAUGAGGAGGCACAGAUGAGUGCCUAA